CUCGACGACUUUUGCACUGGAGUUGAUGAAAAUAUUUUAUCUAUUAUUUUUUCCUUAUGUCAUUUUGAUAAGGCGGUGUUGAAUUAAUUUGUAUAUUUUUUUUUCAUUGAAACUUUUAUUUGUGUAACGAACAAAAUGCUCUCUAAACAAUUGUGCUCAACUUUAAAAUUUACGAAGAACUAUGGUUUACGAACCAUCUGCAGCAGUAAUAUUUCUCAAAAGGAAACCAGUUCUCUCAAAAGCAAGACUCCUGGAACCCUAAAAAAUGUUGUACUUGUCGAAGGAGUUCGGACCCCCUUUCUUGUGUCUGGAACUGAUUAUUUCAACAUCAUGGCUCAUGAUUUACAACGUCAUGCUUUCUUAGCUCUCCUCCGCCGAACUGGCAUUCCAAAGGAAAUUAUUGAUUACAUCAUAGUGGGAACUGUCAUACAAGAAGUUAAAACUAGUAAUAUUGCAAGAGAAGCAUCUUUGGGUGCUGGACUGUCUCUUUCUACUCCAGCUCAUACUGUUACUCAAGCUUGCAUAUCUGCUAAUCAAGCAAUUUCAACAGCUUCUGGAAUGCUGGCUACUGGACAGAUUGAUGUUGCCAUAGCUGGAGGUGUUGAAUUCCUUUCAGAUGUGCCAAUUCGAUUCAAUCGAUCAAUGCGUAAAUUGAUGUUAACUGCAAACAAAGCUAAAACUCCAAUGCAAAAGUUAGGUCUUCUGAUGAAACUGAGACCUAGUCUUCUUGCUCCUGAAUUGCCUGGUGUAGCUGAGUUCUCAACUGGUGAAACAAUGGGCCAUUCUGGUGAUAGACUGGCUGCUGCAUUCAAUGUCAGUCGUGCUGAGCAGGAUGAUUAUGCCAUAAGAUCCCAUACAUUUGCUGAGAAGGCAACAAAUGAAGGAUGGUUAUCAGAUAUUGAAACAAUAUUUGUUCCAGGAAAAGACAAACCCAUAAGCCGAGAUAAUGGCAUAAGAGUCUCCUCUAAAGAACAGUUAGCAAAAUUAAAACCAGCUUUCAUUCGUCCACAUGGCACUGUAACAGCUGCAAAUGCAUCCUUCUUGACUGAUGGAGCUUCAGCAUGUCUUCUUAUGACUGAAGAAAAAGCACUUUCAUUAGGUUUGAAGCCCAAAGCUUAUUUGAGAGAUUUUGUUUACACAUCACAAGAUCCUAAAGAUCAAUUAUUGUUAGGACCAACAUACUCCACAGCCAAGAUCAUGGACAAAACUGGUCUGACUUUAAAGGAUAUAGAUGUGUUUGAAUUCCAUGAAGCUUUUGCAGGACAAAUAUUAGCAAAUUUUAAGGCUAUGGAUUCUGAUUGGUUUGCCCAGAACUACAUGAAUCGUAAGCAGAAAGUUGGAGUUCCACCUUUAGAAAAAUUCAAUUUAUGGGGUGGAUCCUUAUCAUUGGGUCAUCCUUUUGGAGCAACUGGAGUACGACUAGUUACAACUGCUGCCAAUCGUCUUAUUAAAGAAGGAGGACAAUAUGCUUUAGUUGCUGCUUGCGCCGCUGGAGGAUUGGGCCAUGGCAUGAUCGUUGAAAGAUAUCCUAAAUGAUUAUCUGAAACUGUGUAGACACUGAAACUUUCAUCAAUGCAAGAACUUUUAUUUAUAAAAAUAUUGGAUGUAAUGAGUACAAUUUAUACACGCUUUAUAUGAAAGGAUACAGAAUUUUUAGAAUGUAAGAAAAAAAUUACAUAAAUUUUUCAACAUCUGUAAAUUGUAAAAAUCAAAAUCCUAUAAUCUCUGAUUAUCUUGUUGGAAGUGUAAUUUAUUUAUAAAUAUUUUUAUACUAAAUAAACAUUACUUUAAGUUUUUGUGUGCAAUAUUUUUUACAUGUAAUAAAAUUUCUCAGAAUAAAUUCUAUGCAGUCAUUUA